AUGAUCCCGUCAUUUUAUUCCGUGGCACCUUCUUUCAUCCUAAGGAGGGAAAAUGAAUUGCGGGUGGAUUCGACGCAAUAUCGGGAAGAAGUCCCCGCUAAAGAUCUGACCUAUGACGCUACUCUGGUUCUAGGGGCUUGUAGAGCUCUACAAGCAAGUCGCCACCAGGAUAACCUCAUCAUUGAUGAAGCGAUACUGUCUGCAACCACGGAGACUCUAGUGGAAACUCUCGGCCGUUCGACUGUUGAGAAGCUAUGUAUUAUCACUUGGCAUUUCGACGCAUCAGGUGGCCCAAGCGGGGGUCUACGCAGCUUCCUCCAAAAUCCAAACAGGGAUAACUCAAUCUGGGAAGCCACCAACCAGUCAUAUACGAUGAUGAAAAAACAGAAUAUUCCUCUCUGGGAGUUCAAGGCCUCGCAUGACUUUCUGCUUUACCCAGCAUCGGACUGA